UCCCUUUUAUCAUUCCUGUGAUGUGUGUGGGGGUUGGAGCACAGAGAUUCCUUUUACACUGAUGAACAAGUUUACAUCCAGGCCUGAGAAGUGACAUUCCAGAGUUAGCUGACGUGCCAAACAGGAAUGUGAAAUUGAGGGCCCUGAACAAGGGAGCGUGGUGACAGAACAUACAGUAGUUGGAGCUUCUGUGUUACUCUACUGUUUCCUUCUUGGGAACACGGGACAGCAAGCCAGAACAUCUCAAACUCCUGACCAGCUCCCAUCCAGCUGCACAGCAACGCCCUGCUCUCUGUGGGAAGAUUUGCAUCAGUGUGUAAUACCAAGAGACAUUUAAUUAUCUUCAUGCUUUGGUUAGCAUUUCAGCUGAAAGGAGGGAUAUAGAAAAACAAGUAACCACUUCCAUGUCCCUGGAUACGUCAUCCUCUGGGAGACUUGGCUUCUUCUAACCCUGCUCGCUGUCUGCAAUGCUUGAAACUCGGAACCAUGCUUGAAGAGCUAUGAAGGGACCCAUUGGAUUUUGUUUUCUGCGCCACAAGUGUUCAUACCACUUACUUUGUUCUGACCUCACUGCUCAGUAAUCAUAAGAUCAUCUGACAUUUCCUGUGUGGCUUACAGACCUGGCUUCUGUUCUGGAUAUAUUAUAUUGGCGCUUGCUGUCUGAGUGCCGCUUCAAUAGCUAGGUAGGAAAUGCGGGAGCUGUCAUGGAUCUAAUCCACCAGAUUGAAAGUGGAUUCAAAUCCAGUGUUUACUGACUUGGAGUGUAAACCGUCAUCUGUGUUACAACGAGGGAAAAAAAGUUUCAUGAAAUACUCUACAGCUGUAGAACACAAUCCCUGCUUUGGCAAACGAUCUGCAGGAAGCUUCAGGCGUGGCUGUGAAUGCAUUGUGUUGGAACCUUCCGAAAUGAUUGUGGUGGACUAUAUGGAUGAAAAUGAAGAGUAUUUUCAGAGACAAGCAUCUCACCGACAGUCUCGACGGAGGUUCAGAAAGAUCAACCAGAAAGGAGAGAGACAGACCAUCAUCGAUACUGUGGAUCCUUAUCCUGUUGGAAAACCUCCGCUGCCAAGAGGCUACCACACAGAAUGCACUAAGCCUCAGCUACCUGCUGAUUUCACCAAACUGCAUAUCACAGACAGCUUACAUCCACAGGUGACCCAAGUGUCCUCCAGUCAUUCAGGAUGUAGCAUCACUAGCGAUUCUGGGAGCAGCAGCUUGUCUGAUAUCUACCAGGCCACAGAAAGUGAGCCCGGAGAUAUGGACCUGAGUGGACUGCCAGAGACUGCUGUAGACUCAGAAGAUGACGAUGAUGAAGAGGAUAUCGAGAGAGCAUCUGAUCCCUUAAUGAGCCGAGACAUUGUUAGAGACUGCCUAGAAAAAGAUCCCAUUGACCGGACAGAUGAUGACAUUGAACAACUCCUGGAGUUCAUGCAUCAGUUGCCUGCCUUUGCCAAUAUGACGAUGUCUGUCAGACGGGAACUGUGCGCUGUCAUGGUGUUCGCUGUGGUGGAACGAGCAGGGACUGUCGUACUAAAUGAUGGAGAGGAACUCGAUUCCUGGUCAGUCAUUUUAAAUGGCUCAGUGGAAGUGACAUACCCUGAUGGGAGAACAGAAAUACUUUGCAUGGGAAACAGCUUUGGAGUCUCUCCAACCAUGGAGAAGGAAUUCAUGAAGGGAGUGAUGAGAACCAAAGUGGAUGAUUGCCAGUUUGUUUGUAUAGCUCAGCAAGAUUAUUGCCGCAUCCUGAACCAGGUGGAGAAAAACAUGCAGAAAGUUGAAGAGGAGGGGGAAAUUGUCAUGGUAAAAGAACAUCGAGAACUUGACCGCACUGGCACCAGAAAAGGCCACAUCGUCAUCAAGGGAACUGCGGAACGUCUCACAAUGCACCUUGUGGAAGAACAUUCUGUGGUUGACCCAACGUAUAUAGAGGAUUUCCUUCUCACAUAUAGGACUUUUCUGUCAAGCCCCAUGGAAGUGGGGAAGAAGUUAUUGGAGUGGUUCAAUGACCCUAGCCUCAGGGACAAGGUGACUCGAGUUGUAUUGCUCUGGGUUAACAAUCAUUUCAACGACUUUGAAGGUGACCUGGCCAUGACUCGUUUUUUAGAGGAAUUUGAGAACAACUUGGAACGCGAGAAAAUGGGAGGACACCUGAGGCUGUUAAAUAUUGCAUGUGCUGCCAAGGCAAAGAGACGAUUGAUAACACUAACAAAGCCAUCUCGAGAAGCCCUCUUGCCUUUCACCCUUCUAGGGGGGUCAGACAAGGGAUUUGGCAUCUUUGUUGACAGCGUGGAUCCUGGAAGUAAAGCUGUGGAGGCUGGCUUAAAGAGAGGGGAUCAGAUAUUGGAGGUGAAUGGUCAAAAUUUUGAAAACAUUCAGCUAACGAAGGCUAUGGAAAUUCUCAAGAACAAUACUCACUUGUCUAUCACUGUGAAAACAAAUCUAUUUGUCUUCAAAGAGCUUCUUGCAAGAAUGUUGGAAGAAAAAAGAAAUAGUGCCCCACAUUUGCCCAAAAUUGGCGACAUCAAGAAGGCCAGUCGUUAUUCUAUUCCAGAUCUCGCAGUUGAUGUUGAACAAGUUAUUGGACUUGAAAAAGUGAGCAAAAAGGCCAAAGCCAACACAGUUGGAGGAAGAAACAAGCUGAAGAAGAUUUUGGAUAAAACUCGGAUCAGUAUUCUUCCUCAGAAACCUUACAAAUCUUAUAUAGAGCUAGGGGCUUGGCACAGCAGCAAAGAUUUAGCCGCUGGAUUCCCAGGAAUUCAUAGCGACAUUGGAAUUGGCCAGUCUCAAGAUGACAGCAUUGUCGGUCUGCGACAGACCAAGCACAUGCCAGCUACACUCCCUGUCAGCGGGACACUGUCAUCCAGUAAUCCAGAUCUGCUGCAAUCUCACCACCGUAUCUUAGACUUUAACACCACUCCAGAUCUGCCUGACCAGGUGUUGCGAGUUUUUAAAGCUGAUCAGCAGAGCCGUUACAUAAUGAUAAGCAAAGACACCACGGCCAAGGAAGUGGUUAUCCAGGCUAUCAGAGAGUUUGCACUUACUGCUGUGGCGGAUGCCUACUCUUUAUGUGAGGUUUCUGUCACCCCUGAAGGUGUUAUCAAGCAGAGGCGACUUCCAGAUCAGCUAUCAAAGCUGGCAGACAGAAUACAACUGAGUGGCAGGUAUUACCUGAAGAACAACAUGGAAACAGAAACCUUGUGUUCAGAUGAAGAUGCCCAGGACUUGCUGAGAGAAAGCCAACUUUCCUUGCUUCAGUUAAGUACAAUUGAGGUGGCUACGCAGCUCUCCAUGAGGAAUUUUGAGCUUUUUAGGAACAUUGAGCCCACAGAAUACAUUGAAGAUCUCUUCAAACUGAAGUCAAAGAUUGCUUCUACCAACCUCAAGAACUUUGAAGAUGUAAUUAACCAAGAAACCUUCUGGGUGGCUACAGAAAUUUUAAAGGAAACCAACCAGCUGAAAAGGAUGAAGAUCAUCAAGCAUUUUAUCAAGAUAGCACUGCACUGUAGAGAGUGCAAGAACUUCAACUCCAUGUUUGCAAUCAUUAGUGGCCUAAAUCUGGCUGCAGUAUCUAGACUAAGAACAACAUGGGAAAAGCUGCCUAGCAAAUAUGAAAAACUUUUUCAAGAUCUUCAAGACCUUUUUGACCCGUCGAGGAAUAUGGCAAAAUAUCGUAAUGUGCUGAAUAGCCAGAACCUACAGCCACCUAUCAUCCCAUUAUUUCCUGUUAUAAAGAAAGACCUAACUUUUCUACAUGAAGGAAAUGACUCCAAAGUGGAGGGGCUUGUGAACUUUGAAAAACUAAGAAUGAUUGCUAAAGAAAUCCGCCACGUUGGUAGAAUGGCUUCUGUGAACAUGGAUCCUGCCCUAAUGUUCCGAACAAGGAAGAAGAAGUGGAGAAGUUUGGGGUCACUUAGUCAAGGGAGCACCAAUGCUGCUGUUCUGGAUGUGGCACAAACAGGUGGUCACAAAAAACGAGUACGUCGUAGCUCUUUUCUAAAUGCCAAGAAACUGUAUGAAGAUGCACAGAUGGCUCGCAAAGUGAAGCAAUACCUGUCCGACCUGGAUCUUGAAAUGGAUGAAGAGAAUCUUCAGACGUUAUCUGUCCAAUGCGAGCCUUCAACAAAUACAUUGCCAAAAACGCCUUGUGACAAGAGAUCAGGGAAACCAGACACAUCACCAGUAGCACCGCGAGCAGCAACUCAGCAGAAACAGCAACAGCCAGUGAAGGUGAACCAAGCAUUGCUGGUGCCAGCUGUGGCUCUCUAUCCUUCCAGAAAGAAGGUGCCAGUCAAGGAUCUUCCGCCUUUUGGCAUCAACUCACCACAAGCGUUAAAGAAAAUUCUUUCCUUAUCAGAAGAAGGAAGUUUGGAGCGACACAAGAAGGCAGCAGAGGACACUAUAUCCAAUGCGUCAUCGCACCUUUCAUCUCCUCCCACCUCCCCACAGAGCUCUCCAAGAAAAGGGUAUUCCAUGCCAGCAAGCGGCACUGUGGAUAAUUUCUCUGAUUCUGGGCACAGUGAGAUCUCUUCCCGUUCCAGUAUAGUCAGCAAUUCCUCAUUUGAUGGCAUGCACCUCCAUGAUGAUAGGCGGCAGCGACAUUCAGUGAGCAUUGUGGAGACUAAUCUUGGUGUUGGAAGGACAGACAGAAGAACUGUAAUGGAAGCCGAGCCUUGCUGUAUGGGGCACUAUUCACAUUUGAUGGAGAAUAGAGGCUUGUACGCGAGUGGAACGGUUUUGUCCUCUCCCAGCAUGGAGGAAUUGUCCCAAGAUCAGGGUGAUAGAGCUUCACUGGAUGCUGCAGACAGCGGACGAGGUAGCUGGACCUCUUGUUCAAGUGGCUCCCAUGACAACAUACAAACUAUACCACAUCAGAGGAGUUGGGAGACUUUGCCAUUUGGCCAUGUUCAUUUUGACAGCACAUCAGAUGGGGCAGGUUACUGGCCCUCGGGAAGUCAUAUAGACCAUUUAAUAUUUUCUGAUCAUAGCACAAAGCAUGGCAGACACAAUCAAGGAAGAGAAGCUUUAGAACAAGCACAGUCCAGAGCAAGCUGGGCAUCUUCCACUGGCUACUGGGGUGAGGACUCUGAGGGGGACACUGGCACCAUUAAGAGACGAGGGGGAAAAGACGUUGCUCUUGAAGCAGAAACAAGCAGCUUAUCCUCACAAACUGCAGAAGAGACAAAGCCUCUACCUGUGCCCACACACAUAGCUGUGACAGCAGCUUCCUCAAAGGGUCUUAUUGUGUAUUGUGUUACCACAGCACGGAAAGAAGGCCGGUAUCGAGAACCACCACCAACACCGCCUGGAUAUGUAGGAAUUCCUAUAGCAGAUUUUGCAGAAGGACACCCACAAUUAUCCAGAAAGCCACCAGAUUACAACGUAGCACUGCAGCGGUCCAGGAUGAUGGCUCGGAGGAGUGAAAGUGAAGGAGCACCUGCAACAUCCCCACCAUCACACUGUCAGCCUUCUAGCAAGAUCGUUAACAAGCCGCAGUGGCAUAAACCAAAUGAGGCGGACCCACGACUAGCUAUAUAUCAGGCACAAGGGGUUACAAAAGAUGAUGAUGAUGAGCAAGUAUCUGCGGUGUGAAGAUGACAUCUCACCCUGUGAUAGGAUAAGCCGCCUUGAAAGGAGAGCACAAAAGGACAUCCCAUAUGACUGUGGAGCCUGUGGACCUGUUUCCUCCUCUUCUGCCUUAAAGCAGCACUGGGAUACACCAGACCCUCUGUCCCACUCCCUGGCAUGUGAAAUACUGUGAAAACAUCAUUCUGGCACUUUUUGUCCUUGGCAAAGCUGUGUUGCUUGAAACGGUGCAGGAAGCUGCCACCCAACGCUAGCUGACUGGACCUUGCACAUUAUCAUUCCAAACUCCACAACUACCACAUCAGCAAUGACCCUGACCCUGAUUACACUCCCACAUGCUUUGAGGGUGUCUUUAUUUUUAAAUACAUUUUAACUUUUAUUCACUUUCUUGGCUUUGUCUGCUGUUGUAGGCCAAGCCAGUCAUGUGCUUCUAUCAACCUUUUUUAACGUGAGCUGAGAUUGCAUUUCAUAAACCUCUGUGCACAGAUUCUUGAGAUGGUUUAGCUUCGUUUACAGUCCCGUUUGUUACACUAUGAUACCUUUAAUGCGUGAGGAGUCCUCUGCGGUAAAGGAGAUGCACACUUUGCGCUCAGAGAGCUUAUUUGUUACAUCAGGAUACUUACAGUGUUAUUUCACACAUAAGUUAUGAAUUAUUUUUAUGUUUAUAUAGAGAUUUUUAAUUCUGAUAAAAGAACUGGAUUAUAUUGAAGUGAUGGCAGCUUGGGACUCUCAACAAAUGCUAUUAGUAGUUAUUAAAACAAGCUCUCUCAUUGCUCAUCUGAAAACGGAAACCUCUUCAUCCACCAUAGUCAUGUUUUUUCUAGGCCAUCCAUGACGAUGCAGCACAUUCAUGUAGAUGGGAGGCGGACUGGUCAGAUUGGCCAUUGUUGGACACUGCACUUGUAGAGAAGACCAAUGUGUAGCAUUUACCUGCUCACAGCUGCUAUUGCACACCUCCAUGACUCAGAUCGCCAUCUACUCCCUUUGCACAGACUCCGGAUAUCUGAAGGCUGCCAAUCCGAGUUAAACUCCUGUGUGAGGAACUUGUGAUCUUGGAUUAUUAUGAAUAUUAUUAUUUUUUUUCCAUUUGAGCUGAGCUGAUCAUAUUGAUCAGUGGUUAAACAUAUAUAUAUAUAUGUAUGUAUGUAUGUAUACAACUUUAAAGAAAACGAUGAAACAGAAUGCAGUGUUUUUUCACUGUUUAUAAUAACAUCAGUGCUUUAUUUAAUGAAUCUUUAUCCUGUUACCAUGGCUUUUGUCUACCUUACUACUUCACAAUGUCAGUUAUGCCUAUGUAAUUUUACAUGUAACAUACAUUUAUUUGCCAGCUUUUUUAAUUUUAUGUAGGCGAUGGAGCUUGUGCAUCUAAGCAGACAGAAGCCCAGCUCGGUGACACAUUGCACAAACGUUCUCAGCAUCAUAUAACGGUAGAAUAUAGGACCGCUAACCUCAGUUUGCUCUGUGAUGUCAAGUGCAGAAUGUACAACUAACUGUUGAUUUCAUCAUGCUUUUGAUACUACUUGUACCUGUAUGUCUUUUAGAAAGACAUUGGUAGAGUCUGUAUCCUUUUGUAUUUUUAAUACAAUAAUUGUACAUAUUGGUUAUAUUUUUGUUGAAAAUGGUAGAAAUGUACUAUGUUUAUGCUUCUACAUCCAGUUUGUAUAAAGCUGGGAAAUAAAUAAAUAUAAUUACAGAG